CCAAGAAGCAAAUAAAGAGGAGUGUGAUUUUUUGCUAAAAGAAAUUGAAAAUCUCCAAGAGCAAAAAGAGCAGUUAAUCUCUAAAAUUAGAGAACAAAUAAUGGCUGAGGAGGAAACAAGCCAAAAUAUCGUUGUAGAAAUCCGUCCACAUGCGGGUGGGAAAGAAGCCGAAUUAUUUGUCGGUGACCUUUAUCAGAUGUAUGAAAGUUUCGCUAAAGAAAAGGCCGGAGUUCACCGCGUACAAAGAGUUCCGCGUACAGAAAGGAAAGGGAGAGUGCAUACUUCCACAGCUAGCGUGGUAAUUUUGCCCGAGGCUCAAGAUAUAAAUUUAAGUAUUCGCGAUCAGGAUUUAAAAAUUGAGACUUAUAGUUCCGGUGGACCAGGCGGGCAACAUGCCAAUAAAACCGCCUCGGCAGUACGAGUUUUUCAUAUUCCGACUAAAACCAUGGCAACUUCGCAGGAUGGUCGCGAUCAAAGAAUUAACCUCAAAAGAGCAAUGUCUGUUCUCAAAGCACGGAUUUUAGAAAAAUUACAAACCGAGAAAGCAAAAGAAGUAGGUAAUUUGCGCUCUUCUGCCAUUGGCACAGCGGAAAGGUCUGAAAAAAUUCGCACUUAUAAUUGA